CGGAAACACUAUGAACCAUGAAAUUCACUUCAUUCACCAAUAUUGUCAUAUCUGCCGCAGCGAUGGCUGGCGAAUUAGCUAUCGCGUCUAAUUCAAAUACAACACGCCGGUCAACACCCAUUGGUCGAAGCUGCGGCUUGUCCAUGGAUACAUAUGAAUGCGAAUGGUUCCCAAAUCUUAACAACGGGAUGCCUUACGCGGUUUACUGCGGAUCUCAAGGGACAGUUGAAUCAGCCACGGCGUGUGGCUGCCAAACUUGCUGUGAGCAUGGGGGCACGGUGUAGAGUAUAUGUACAAAGCAAGCCUAUCUUUCCCUACCGCCAUUCGAGCAUUAAUGUUUGCUCAGGUAGUGUGGAACUGUAUGUUGUGCACACCAGUGUGGCAAGAGGGCGUGAAGCCUCGAACCGUGUUUCGAUUACUAAUUUACG